AUGGUAACAGUAAACCAAUUGAAUUCCUCCGAACACAAGUCUGGCUCGUCGCUCGAAAACGAUGACCCAACCCUAGUCGGCGUCCACUGUCAAUAUGCGGCCUGCCAUCAACUUGACUUUCUACCAUUUCGAUGUGAGUCCUGCCACCAGCUAUUCUGCCUAGAUCAUCGUACGGAAACCAACCAUAAAUGCUCUAAAUCCGGCGAAUGGGCGAGCCGGCGGCGCGAGGCCGACCUCUCGAAACCUUCUCAUCCACAUCCACUGCCCUCAUUACGCCAAGUGGAAAAAUUGUGUGACUUUGAUGCAUGCAAGAUUACGAUUGGAACGAGCUUAUCGACAGCUGUUCACUGCAGCGCGUGUAAUCGGGAAUAUUGUCUCAAGCACCGCAUUAUCGAGGAACACAACUGCCGCAAUCAGGUUCCUUUGGGGGCUCGCGCCACUAGCAGUAAACUUAUCCAGACGGAACAAGCUAGUGUUGCUCUUGCUAAGCUCAAAGCUUGGGGGCUCACCCAACGAGCCAAUGUCGUCCGCUCGCUCUACAAACCUAAAACUUCCUCGGCCGCUACGAAUCUUGCGGCCCUAAACAGCCUCAAGAAAUCUGCCAAAGGUGAUGUUAAGAUACCAGUAGAGAAGCGCGUAUAUCUCAAUGUCCAGGCAGAGGCGGCCACUACGACCUCCAAGUUGCCAUAUGGCGCAUUUUUCUAUUCACGCGACUGGGUAGUGGGCAAGCUUCUCGAUAGUGCAGCACAGAGUUUGCAGGUUCAGAAUGUGAAUAAUCACAGCCUUGAUGAAACACAUAAGCUACGUAUUUUUCAUGUUGAGGGUGGUCGCCUUCUUGAAUUCAAUGAGAAAAUCGGGAACUCACUGGUGAAUGGGAACACUGUAGUCUUACUCCGAGGUAUCGGACCCGCUGUGCCAGAUCUCAUCGAUCUAACUGCUAGCUAA